UAUAAUUCAGCCAAGAGGUCUUAAUGUUCUGUGUUGUGCUGUUAUUAACCGUCUUACAAGAUGUGGUAUUGAGUAAGCCCAAUAUUAUCUUUAUUCUGGUAGAUGAUUAUGGAUUUAAUGACAUUGGAUAUCAUGGAUCAGAGAUCCGUACCCCUAACUUAGAUAGGUUGGCAAACGAAGGAGUCAAAUUAGAAAACUAUUAUGUUCAACCAAUUUGCACACCUACUAGAUCCUGUCUCUUGUCUGGAAGAUACCAGAUUCGUACUGGAAUGCAACAUGGUAAUAUACAGCCAUCUAUACCGACUGCCUUGCCAACCGAUAGUCUGACUAUAGCAGAUAAAAUUCAACAGGCUGGAUAUAGCACACACUGUAUUGGGAAAUGGCAUCUUGGUUUCUACAAAAAUGAAUUUCUUCCAACACGACGAGGAUUUGAUACAUUUUAUGGUUUUCUGGUCGGUUCUAAAUCUCACUAUCAUCACAGACGUUGUGACCGCGGAAUGUGCGGGGAUGAUUUUAGGGAAAAUGAACGACAAAUACGAACCAAUCGUGAAUAUUCGACAACUCUGUUUUCACGACGAGCUGUGGAUAUCAUCAAUAGUCACCAAUCGUCUAAGCCUUUGUUCAUGUAUGUACCAUACCAAGCUCCUCAUUCCCCUCUACAAGCACCAAAGAGAUAUAUUCAUCCAUACAAAAAUACUAUUCCGGAUAUACAUCGACGACAGUAUGCAGGAAUGGUUUCUGCGUUAGACGAAGGUGUUGGUAACAUAACGAGAGCCCUAAAAAGAAAGGGACUCUGGGAGAAUACUAUCUUUAUCUUUUCAACAGAUAAUGGUGGUCAAAUCAGUAGAGGUGGUAAUAAUUAUCCAUUGAGGGGAAAUAAAGGAGGUAAUUUUGAAGGAGGAAUUCGUGGAGUAGGAUUUGUGUGUGGCGGACAAGUAAGAAAUAAAGGGACAGUGUCUCGAGAACUAAUGCAUGUUACUGACUGGUUUCCAACACUAGUAAAUCAGGCUCAAGGGAACUUUGAAGGGGUAAAACCUCUCGACGGUUUUGAUGUGUGGAAUGCGAUAAGUGGUAGAGAGAAGAGCCCCAGAGAAAUCAUUCUUCAUGGUAUUGAUCCUUUAGCGCGUCGGUUUGGCAGACCAUUGUUUAAUAGUAGUUUUGAUACUACGAAACAUGCUGCUAUUCGAUAUAAAGAUUACAAACUUCUGACUGGAAAACCUGGGUACAAACAUUAUAACCCAAACCCGAGAACGGGUUUGGCAAGAACAACACCGAAAGAACCAAGAAAGAAAAACUUUUGGUUGUUUAAUAUAAGAGACGAUCCUUUAGAGACAACAGAUUUAUCAGCAAGCCGUCCACAAAUAGUAAAGGAGAUGUUAGAUUUGCUGGCAGAGUAUGACAAAUCUUCAGUACCAGUUAGAUUUCCUGGGAGUGAUCCACAGGCAAAUCCUGAACUACGUGGUGGUUUCUGGGGACCAUGGCGUUAAAAAAUAUUGCUCUCCAUUACGCAUGUGUCUUCAAAACUCAUCGAUAGUGCUAAGGGAAUUAAAUUUAAAUUAAAAUAACAUGAAUAUUACCACAUAAUAAUUUUUUAGUAGCCACGUUUUAU